AUGUCGACAUCUGGUGGAUCUCACAUAUCUGUCAUUCGCAACAGCGCCUCUCAGACGGACCCUGAUUCAUUGUCAGCAUUUGUGAAGCUCGACACCAAUGCGAGUGCUUACUGCGACAUUGUGUGGAACGAAUCGCUUGUUAGAUUUGAGAUCGAUCUUGGUCCUUUGGAUUCUAGCAAUGCGCAAGGAUGUACGACGUAUCAGCAGCUGCGGGAGAAUGUCGAUAGCCUCGAACAGCUUUCACAGAGUACUACAACUGUCGUCAAGCUUCAGCACAUUCUCCAUGGUCUCAAUCAACUCAUCACUUUUAUGGAUCUUCUGAUGGGCCUUGAAUGUAUUCAACUAGCAGGCACUUCUAUCGUCUGGGGAAUUCUGGAUGUCCUACUCAAGUUAUCGGUGACCUCCAAAAAGUUUUCGAGCUUUGUCGACAUGUUUGAGGAAACCGCAGGCAAUCUGGACAGAUUUGGAGAUUUCAAAUUUUUAUUGAAACAGGAUGCUAGCCUAGGGUGCAAGCUAAUCGACAGCCUCGCUGAUGUAGUCGCCUGCUGGGUCCUUAUAAUACGAGCUCUUAGAUACAGCACCCGCGACGCUAAGUUGGAUACUAAGUGGGCUCUGGUAGAAGUGAAUCACAAGAAGUAUAGGGAUAGCAUCCAAGCAAGAACACAACAUCUGAAGGACAAGUCCGAAGCACACCAUGUGAAACACAUCACCUCUCACACAAAACAUGGAUUUCUCAUCCGAGACCUUGAGAAGCUCACCACAGGUUUCGUCCAAAGUACUGACAUGUUCGCUAGUGAUGGCCACAUCGUUCCAUGUCGAAAUAACAUCCCCUAUCCGCAGAAUCCCCAUUUCUGCUUUCGUCAGAAGGAGCUGGACGCGAUACGUAGUGCCCUGGACCAUGACCCAGGGGAUAUCAAAUUUCGUACGUUCGCCGUAUGGGGAAUGGGUGGUAUCGGGAAACCUCAGCUUGCCCUAGCCUAUGCCCGUGAGCGUGAGGCUAAGGGUGUGCCCGUCAUUUUGUGGGUCAACAGUGAGACUCAGAUCGAUAUCUACCAAAGCUUCACAAACAUUGCCGAAUUGCUGGAACUGGAAGAUCGAAAGAUGUCCGUUGAAUGGUUGCUUGUCUUCGAUAAUGUUGAAAAUCCUGACUUGAUCCGCAUUUGUCUGCCUGUGUCACCGAAAGGGCCGGUUUUGAUCACCUCGCGGGCUGACAUUGUUGCGGUCGAUCCAGCAUCACAGGGUAUUGAAAUUGACGUCUUUACAAAGGACGAAGGGGCAGAGUUCUUGCGGUCGAUUAUUAAACGGAAAUCGUAUUCAGAGACAGAGAACCAACCGCCAGUACAACUGGCCGAAAGACUUGGUGGCCUACCUCUGGCAUUAAACCUUAUGGCCACUCAAAUUCGGACCAAACGAGCCAAGAUAUCUGUUUUCUUGCACAACUACGAAGCGGACUUCGAAAGAUACCACAAGACUCCCGAGAAGGGGGUUCAAAACACUUACUAUAGGCAUUCCCUGGAGACUGUCUACAGAACCUCGUUUUUGUCUCUACAUGGCGGUUCCAUCCCCUUAUUAGGGGUCUUUUGUUUCGUUGCACCAGAUGGGGUACCUGAAGAGAUAUUCAAGCCAGUACAGGUUCAAUCAGGCAUACCAGAACUGGAGUUCUGCCACCAAUCGUCUGAGUUCGAGGACGUGAUCGAGCAAUUGACCAGUGUUUCGCUCAUUGGGAGAGAUCCGGACACGGAAACUUUCAGAGUUCACAGGCUCAUGCAAGAACAAUAUCGAAUCUGGGCAGGCCCAGAGGGCCGUCGUAAAUGCUUCUUGAUGGCUGCAAAACUGCUCUGCCAGGCCUUUCCCAGGUACUUGAUGGAAUGUGGAGCCUGGAGUCAGUUCAGAAUUCUGAUCAAUGUUGCAUUCGACGUCUGUGAGGACAAAACGUCGAUCGAGUACGCUCAUCUCCUGAUGUCCGCUGCCUCUGUCGAAUACGAAUCAGGCAAAGCUAAGAAUGCUUUAUCCUUGAUCGACAGAGCCAUGGAGAUCAGGAAAGACUUACUACCACCCGAUCACGAGGAAAUCGCCAACUUGUACAACAAUUACGCAAAUAUAUACUUAACGCGUGAGGUAACUCCGGAAUCGCUCAAUGCGGCAGAACAGACAUUGCUGAGAGCAUUGGAGAUUGACAUGAAGAAGGACAAGUUUGAGCGGAACAAGAUCCUGCAUACGCGGCAGUUGAACUUGACCACUACUUAUAUCCAUGCGAACAACUUCGAGAAAGCAGAACACCAUGUGGCUGAAGCACAACGCUUUGCUGUGAAUCACUUUGGCCCCAAGUCCCAUUUCUGGGCCAGUGGUGAAUCCAAGCGUGGAAACAUCAUGUUCCAACAGCAUAAGUUUGAAGAAGCCAAAAAGCAUUUCCAAAACGCACAUGAAGUUUAUCUGAAAGCGAACGAGAAUCACCCGUCAACAUCUUCUGCAGAAAUGAAACUUGGAGACGUGGCCAUGGAACAAAAUCGUGUUGACGACGCAAUUAAACUUUAUGAGCAAGCACACCUGAAAUUUCAAAUGAACGAGAUAGAGAAGGGCGAUCGAGGAGACUCGGCGAGAGCUAUAUGGAAGCUUUCCAAGGCCUAUGAGAAAAAAUGA